CUACAGUUCCCGGAAGUCAGCAGUGGCGAUGGUGGCGGCCUCGUCAGCCUAGCAGCAGGAAGAGAAUGUUUGCUUCCAGUGAUAGAAUAAUAACACCACAAUCCAGACCCUUUUUAGCCAACUAAACCGCCGUAGAGUGUUUAUGCUGAGUUUCUCUGGAGUUAGACAGCUUUAUCCGUACGCCCGGAGCCUGCCUCUGUGAACCUGAAGCGGGGCGCAGGACAACAUGUCCCUGUUUCAGUCGGCACUGGAUUUUCUCGCCGGGCCCGGUUCAUCCGGGGCGGCAAGUCGGGACCAGAAUGACUUCGUGGGGCAAGUCGUUGAGCUCGGUGACAUGAAGCUGAGGAUUAAAAGGGUGAUAGCAGAAGGUGGAUUUGCCUUUGUAUAUGAAGCCCAGGACAUGAGCAGUGGAAAAGACUAUGCCCUCAAGAGGUUGCUUUCCAAUGAGGAAGAGAAGAACAAGGAAAUAAUUCAGGAAGUCUGCUUCAUGAAAAAGCUGUCUGGGCAUCCAAAUAUGGUCCAAUUCUGCUCUGCUGCCUCCAUCAGUAAGGAGGAAUCAGACACCGGCCAGGCUGAGUUCCUGAUCCUCACAGAGCUGUGUAAAGGUCAGCUGGUGGACUUUAUCAAGCGGGUGGAGCAGAGGUCUCCCCUGUCAUGUGACACUGUGCUGAAAAUCUUGUACCAGACGUGCCGUGCCGUGCAGCACAUGCACAAACAGAAACCUCCAAUCAUACACAGAGACCUCAAGAUUGAGAACCUCUUGAUUAGUAACCAGGGCACCAUCAAGCUGUGUGACUUUGGCAGCGCCACCACUGUGUCACAUUAUCCCGACUACAGCUGGUCCGCACAGAAGAGGUCCAUGGUGGAGGAUGAGAUCACAAGGAACACUACUCCAGCAUAUCGAACGCCAGAGAUGAUUGAUCUCUACUCCAACUUCCCCAUCAACGAGAAACAAGACAUCUGGGCCCUGGGCUGCAUCCUCUAUCUGUUGUGUUUCAAGCAGCAUCCAUUUGAGGACGGGGCCAAGCUGCAGAUAGUCAAUGGGAAAUACUCCAUCCCCCAGAACGACGUCAAGUACACUGUGUAUCAUGACCUCAUACGUUCCAUGUUGAAGGUGAACCCAGAGGAGCGUCUGUCCAUCACAGAGUUGGUCAACCAGCUUCAGGAGAUUGCAGCAGCACGCAACGUCAACCCCAAAUCUCCCAUUACAGAGCUGCUGGAGCAGAACGGAGGCUUUGGCAACAAUGGAGCACAGCCGCCCACCCAGAUCCACAACGUCCACAACAACGCAGGCAUCUAUGAUCCGGACCAGGCUGGCAGUGGCAUUCUGGAUAUUUUAAGGGGAGGAACAGAACGCUUCCUGACCAACAUAAAGGACACUUCCUCUAAAGUCAUCCAGUCAGUUGCCAGCACCCCAAGCUAUGCCAAAGGGGACCUGGAUAUUUCAUACAUCACCUCUAGAAUAGCAGUCAUGUCUUUCCCAGCAGAAGGGGUGGAAUCGGCGAUAAAAAACAAUAUCGAAGACGUGCGCCUGUUCCUGGAUUCCCGUCAUGCAGGCCACUACGCUGUCUACAACCUGUCGAAACGAUCAUACAGGCCGUCACGAUUCCAUAAUAGGGUUUCAGAGUGUAACUGGCAGUUGCGUCGCGCUCCCAACCUCCGAAGUCUCUACAGCGUCUGUAAAAACAUGCAUCUGUGGCUCAAACAGGACCAAAGGAACAUCUGUAUAGUUCACUGUCUGGACGGUCGAGCAGCAUCGGCGGUGGCAGUGUGCUCCUUUCUGUGUUUUUGUCGUCUUUUCACCACAGCUGAGGCUGCUGUUUACAUGUUCUCUAUGAAACGAUGCCCACCCGGCAUAGCCCCCUCACACAAGAGAUAUAUAGAGUAUAUGUGUGACAUGAUGGCAGAGGAGCCCAUCAUUCCUCACAGCAAGCCCAUAACCAUCCGCUCCAUCGUCAUGACGCCCGUGCCACUGUUCAACAAGCAGCGUAAUGGGUGCAGGCCGUUCUGUGAGGUCUACAUCGGAGACGAGAGAGUCCUUACCACAUCACAGGAGUACGAUAAGAUGAAGGAUUUUAAAAUGGAGGAUGGAAGAGCAGAGAUUCCCCUCAAUGUGACUGUUCAAGGAGACGUACUGGUCGUCAUAUAUCAUGCAAGAUCUACACUGGGAGGACGUCUCCAGGCCAAGAUGGCAUCCAUGAAGAUGUUUCAGAUCCAGUUCCACACAGGUUUUGUCCCCAGAAAUGCAACCACUGUCAAGUUUGCCAAGUAUGACCUGGAUGCAUGUGACAUCCAGGAAAAGUACCCAGACUUGUUCCAGGUCAAUCUGGACAUCGAGGUGGAACCCAGGGACAGACCCAGCACCAAGAUGCCUCCUUGGGACGGCUUCCAAACCAAGGGCCUAAACCCCAAAAUCCUUUUCUCCUCUCGUGAUGAACAGCAGGAGAUCCUAAGCAAAUUUGGUAAACCAGAACUUCCUCGUCAGCCAGGUUCCUCAGCAUUUUAUGACUCAGAAACACCCCAACCAGCUCAAACUCCAGAAAGCUCCAAUGUAGCAGAACCAGAAUCUCCUGUGAGCACAGAUACCAAUGCAAACAACUUCUUCCAGACGCUGGACUGGGAAGAUGUCAGUAGUCCACAGGAUGCCACUGACAGUCAAGGUGGGGGGUCUCUGAAUGAGGAGAAUCUGAGUGAUCAGUCCGAGGGAGAGUCGUACUCUUAUUCUGCUACGAGUGGGGAGCAGCCGUCACUUGACAGAAAUGAACCGCUGUUUGAUGCCGACUUCCAGACCUCCCCUCCCCCAGCCCAGGAAGCUCCUGCCACUGUCACCGCUGACCUCUUAGGACUGAACUCUGACCCUCAACCUCCUCAUCCUUCCACAACCACCUCCUCCACUCCUCAUCAGGGAGCUCACGGAGGACUGAAAGCCUCGUCCAGCAACAGCGACCUCCUUAAUGACCUCUUUGCACCCCCUGCUGAAAAAACUGGGGGAGUGCAGGAAGAUUUGUUCUUCACCGGAGUCACACCAGAAUCUAAACCCAUGGGUGACCUGUUUGAUCCGUUCGGGAUGGGUUCUGGCUCUGGUGUGGGCUCCAGUGUGGGUUCCUCUCGACAGGCCUCUGGUCCAGACCUGUUUGAAAACUUGUUGGGUUCUGAUAGUUCUGCAACGAGUGGUUUCAGUUCAGCACACAGUAACCCUACUCCAGCUUCCAACACCAGCCUCUUUAACCUCAAUAAACUAGUGAAUGAUGCCCCUAAAAUGACCUCAUCAGCCAGCCAACCGGACCUGCUGGGUGGGUGGGACAGCUGGGCAGCCAGUACCUCUGCUGGCAUGAGCUCCUCUACCACCAAACCCAACUACACCAACACUGCCUCCGGUGUCUCAUCGAUGUCGAAGGCAAAGUCUCAGACCUUUGAUCCUUUCGCUGACCUGGGAAACCUGGGCUCCAAUUUACCCGGUUCUUCCAGCAGUAAUUUCUCUGGGCCUUCUUUCAAUGCAAAAGCCUCCUCGUCCUCCUCUUCUUCCUCAUCUGCUAAAGCUCAAGGCCAGCCCUGGCAUCCUGGAAGACCCACCUCAGCACAGAACAAACCUUGGAUGCCUGGAUCAGGGUCUGGGCCCACACCCAAAGCACCAUCAGCGUCUCAGCCUGCAGGCAUGCAGCCUUCCAAACCCAACUACAACCUCAACUUCUCCAGUGUGAUUGGAGGAAGAGAGGAGAGGGGGGUCCGUGGGCCUGGAUUUGGCCCCAAGCCAAAAGUAAAGGAAGAUGAUUUUGAGGACCUGCUCUCAACUCAGGGUUUUGCCUCAAAGCCUGAUAAAAAGGGACCAAGGACCAUCGCUGAAAUGAGAAGACAAGAGAUCACAAAAGAAAUGGAUCCGCUCAAGUUACAGAUCCUGGAUUGGAUUGAGGGGAAGGAGCGCAACAUCCGAGCUCUGCUGUCCACUCUGCACACAGUGCUGUGGGAGGGUGAAACCCGCUGGAGGCCUGUGGCCAUAGCUGACCUGGUGACCCCGGACCAGGUGAAGAAGUACUACAGGAAGGCGGUGCUGGUCGUCCAUCCAGAUAAGGCGACAGGACAGCCUUAUGAACAGUACGCUAAGAUGAUCUUCAUGGAACUCAAUGACGCCUGGUCAGAGUUUGAAAACCAGGGAUCUAAAGCACUCUUCUAAAAAAAAAAAAAAAUGGUCUGGAUCCCGGCUGAACCAGACCAGACUGGACUGGAUUUGGCCUAACCUAAAAAAAAAAAUAAAAAACAAAAACAAGGUUAGACUGGGCCAGAUUGGACAGGACUGAGCCCACAUUGGGCCUUGGAGCCUCUGAGAGGUGUCCUCUCUACAUUCCCUUCACUCCCCUUCAUUUUUCCUCCUCUGCUCUCUAACCUUCAGUUUCUACAGUCAAUGGAAAACAGACUUUUUGCCUCAUGUGUGACUGCAGUGGAAGAUUUCUUUUCUUUUUCUGACCCAUAACCCUUGCAGUUGUGGUAAACUCACUGCCUACCUAUACGACUGCCUGAGUGGUGCUGCAAACAUUAGGAGGAAGCAACGGGUGACAAUCAGAGGAAGACGACAGAAUGACAAAAAAUCAGAAAACACAGACUUUGAAAAAGUCCUGAUUCAGUUGUGUUGACCUUGGUUUGCGCAUCCUGCCCAUCAGAUUUGCAAAUUUCAUCUAAAAAAACAAAAAGCGCCUGUGAUUUGUGAAUUUUUCCGCAUGUAUUCCAACGUGUGAUUUCAGCAAACCUUUACGUGGAAGUAAAAAUCUGUAUUUGCCUCAAAUCUUGGACUAAAAAGAAAGAAGAGUGAAAACAGAAUGAACGGUGGUAGUUAUCAGCUAAUAUCAAGUGCCACCGUUGCAUCUUUUGGAACAAGAGACACCGUGGAAGUUUUGUUUUUGAGGAAAGGUCUCCCGUCGUACCUACUUCUACUGCUGCUUCUCCCGUCAUCGCGAUACAAACCCCUUGGAUUUCACGUUGCAUUCUCAAAAAAAAC